GUCAUUUGUGCCUUUGUAAACAAAUCAAAAAACUUAAUUAUUCUUUAUAAUGGAAUAUCAGAAUUCACCACUUAAUUUAAUUAAAAAAGAAGAUAAAAAAACUAACCGUCGAUCAAGUUUUUUUAACGUUAAUCCAAGUGAAGAAGAAAAGAAAGAAGCAGAUAGACAAUAUCUUAAAUCUUUAUUAGCGGAAAGAGCCGACUGGAUAGAAAUUAUUAGAAGUAACCAGAAGAAGAUUAAAAAAGCGAAAUCAAAAGAACUUCCUGUCUAUGAUUCUUCUAUUCUUGAUGAGGAAAAGAAGAAAUUUCUUGAAGGAGCAAUUGAUGUGCAACAAUAUGUUAAAGACCUUAUUAAGAUUUUAGGAAGAAUUUUUAAGUGCACGAGUAGAAACGAACCUUGUACUGAUAUUGUUACAUCAACUAGCAAUGUGCCUUCGAGUAUUCCACCAUCGCCAAUGCCUUAUCAGCAAAUUUCUCCAGCGCAUUAUGUACUGCCGCAAUAUCAGCCAUUUCCAGUGUACUACCCUCAAUUGAUACCAUACGCAGUCCCUUCUUUCCCAUAUGAGAUUGGCAUUAAUCCUGAAAAACCCGUUUUGAAUUGUAUUUACUUCGAGUAUCAUGAUCAAGGAGCCGAAACUGAAUCAAUUGAAGGCAAUGAUGAUGAGCAAGUAGCUGCUUCAACACAUUGGAUGCUUCCAAAUAUAGAUGAGACAUUUAUUGACCUUUGGGAGUCGCUAAUUUAUGACGGAAAUCUUAAAGAGGAAUUGCUAGAUUUUGCUCAAACAAUUUUGCUUUUUUCACAAAAGAACAUCAAUCAGAACAUCGUUUCAUGUAAUCGACUAAUUCUACUUCACGGCCCUCCUGGAACUGGUAAAACUUCUCUCGCAAAAGCUCUUGCACAAAAGCUUUCCAUACGAAUGAAACCGACGUUUCCAUUCACACAUCUUUUUGAGAUCAACAGUCAUUCAUUGUUCAGUAAAUGGUUCUCAGAAAGUGGAAAGCUCGUUCAAAAAAUGUUUCAACAAAUUCAAGAGAUCGUGGAGACAAAUUCAAGUCUCGUUUGUGUUUUAAUUGAUGAAGUUGAGUCGAUCGCUUAUGCUCGUGGAAAUAUUUCUAAUAACGAACCAUCAGAUUCAGUGCGAGUUGUAAACGCUUUUCUCACUCAACUCGAUCGUAUAAAGAAAUAUCCGAAUGUUCUUGUGAUAACAACAAGCAAUCUUACAUCAAGCAUUGAUCAUGCAUUUCUUGAUCGAGCAGACAUUGUCACACAUAUUGUUGAACCGUCGCUAGAAGCCAUUUACAAAAUCAUUUCAUCGUCAAUAAUCGAGUUGAGCGAGAAAGAAUUAAUCAACAAUUUGAAAAUUGACGAACGAGAAAAUGAAUUAAAAGAAACUUUCCAAGAUCUUCAAUCAUCUUUACCAAGUGCCACUGCUGAAUUAAUGAUUGAGUUGUCCAAAGAUUCAAUUGGACUUAGUGGACGAACAUUACGCAAAUUACCUUUUCUCGCUCAUGCAAUUUUCUUAAAAAACAAAAACAGUUCAACUUUAAUUGAGUUCAUCAUCGCACUUCGAUCAGCUGUUAAUUACAUUAAAAAUAGUAAAAAAUCUCUUGGAAAAUCGUACAAUCAAAUAAUCAACGAAUGA